AUGGCCUAUCACAAAGUGAAUGCAGACCAGAGAGCACAGGGGCACUCUCCAUACCUUGACAAUGAUGAGCUCCAAGCCACAGCACUGGAACUGGAAUGGGACAUGGAAAAAGAACUAGAGGAGCCUGGCUUUGACCAUUUCCGACUGGAUGGUGCGGUCCAGCAUCACUUGGGAAACUCACAGAGCCCUGACCUUGAUCUCGAACCCAUCCAGCCUUCAUCUUCUCCAAAGGGAAGAUUCCAGCGGCUUCAGGAAGACCCCGACUACAUUUCACACUAUACAAGACAGGCACCAAAGAGCAACCGCUGCAGUUUUUUUCAGAUACUGAAAAUAUUUUGCACUGCUUUGAUUUUAUUUAUUUUUGGAAUUGUGAUAGGAUAUUACAUGCGUAAGAAAUGCCCUUCUCCCCCAACAUCUCAAGAGCCAAAUAACCCUCAUAUCUACCAUGAAAUUCUCAAGGAAAUCAAAGCUGAAAAUAUUCAACAGAUUUACAGGAAUUGUGUACAGAUUUUCCCUAGAGAAGAUGAUGUAGACAUUGCAAUGAAAAUUCUGGUUCAGUGGAGUUCCCAAGGCCUUGAAGAUGUCCGGCUGGUAAAUUACUCUGUUUUGCUUGACCUACCGGGCUCUUCUUCAAACACAGUAACUCUGAAAACCAGCGGUGAAUGCUUUUAUCCUAGUGGACAACAGUGCAACAGAGAGACCAAAACGCUUCAUAGCCAAGAUCUCCUGUACUCUUAUGCAGCUUACUCUGCCAAAGGAACUCUUGAGGCAGAACUUGUUGAUAUACAGUAUGGGACCGUGGAAGACUUGAUCCGGACUUAAGCCAUUACAAACGUGACCAAAAAAAUUGCACUUCUGAAGCUAGGACAAUCACCUUUGCUUUAUAAG